GGGAUAUUCAGGCGCUUACUGGCCCUAGGGCUGCAUGGGUAUGAUCCUCACCAUGAGGCUCAUUGGUGGGCUCGGUAUACCUUGUCAUUGGCACGUACUGCGUAUUCAGAUGCACUGCACAUUCUGCAUGGCCCAGAUAUAUAAGCACGAGCACUCCUACACUACCAGGAUAUUCUUUUUCUACAACCCGGACUAGUACUCUUUCCACACCCAAACAACCUUCCUGAUCAAGAUGCAACUUAUCUACAUCGCCGCUGCCCUUGCAGCCAUCACCACUGCACAUGCCAUCGAUGCAUCGGCCACCCCUUCGUCUUCCGGCGUAGCCCCCCAUCGCACUCCCGACACCAAGCCCGGCAAGCCCGUGGAACGGACUGAGCUCCUCACAUCAUCUGUCAAGAUUCUGCUCAACUACGACAAGAACUGCUACUUCGAGCUGACUGACAUCCAAGGCUGCACGGGCAAGUCCGCGCCAUUCGGCACGGUCAGCAAGACCACCGGGAACUGCGAGAACAACGGCGCGUACCCCCUCAUCGCCGACAUCUGUGACGGUCAGAUCUGGAUCUACACCCACGGCACGGAUAACGUGGAGACGUACAUCCCUCCGCUGGGUAAGGGCGAGUUCGUCACUGAGGGAAUGUUCUGGUUCAAGAACUCCACGGGGCAUGUCAAUGAUAUACCCUAUGUCAUAGGCUAUGUGAUGCCCGGAUGCGAGUUCUAUGCGACGCACUUUGACGAGGAAUUCGGUUUGGUGUCUUGGUCCAGGAGCUGCUAUUAUUAG